AUGUCUGUCGAUAACGAGGUCCGUGGCCGGUUGGCCUUGAUCACCGGGGCUUCUGGAGGCAUCGGUGCCGGCUGCGCUCGAGACCUCUAUAACCAAGGUUGCCACUUGGCCCUUACCUAUUCCAAGAACAAGGCGAGCAUUGAUUCUCUCGUGGCCGACCUUCAAGCCUCCCCCUCCGCGUCCGACCAGAAAAUAUCUAUUCACCAGGUCGACAUGGCCUCCACUGAACAGAUGGAAAGAUUAUUCGAAGCGAUCAAGGCGCAACACGGCCACGGGCCAGAUAUUCUGGUAGCCAACGCUGGACAUGGAAAGAGGAUACCACAGAUACAGGACAUUCCGUACGACGAGUGGGACUAUACCAUUCAGGUCAAUCUGCGAGCACCGUUUGUCCUGGCUAAGCUGGCAGUACCUCACAUGGUAGAACAAAAAUGGGGACGGAUUAUCAUGAUGGGGAGCAUAGCAGGCUACGGGGGAGGUAUCAACGGUGCCCACUACGCGGCCUCAAAGGCCGGUCUCAUGGGCAUGGUCAAGAAUCUCGCGCAGAAGUUGGCCAAAGAUGGAAUCACCGUCAACGACGUCGCACCAGCGAUGAUAGGAGAGACAGGCAUGAUCCCGGACGCAAAGUUCCUCGAAGGCACCCCGGGAGAUGUCAAGAAUAUUCCGGUGGGCCGAUUAGGGACGCCGCAAGAAGUUGCCAACGUGGUCACGAUGAUAUGCAAAACAGGGUAUCUGACCGGACAGAGUAUCUUGCUGUCAGGAGGAUUGAAAUAG